AAUUAAGUUAUCAAAAUGCCGAGAGCUUUUUUAAUCACCAAUAAACGUUACAAUGGUCGAUGGAUUUUAACCGAUUCAAAGGAAGAUGUCGAGAAUUGUCCGUCUCAUUACAUUUUAAAUCAGGACUCCUCCGAGUUACCAUUUAAUGACGCGUCACCGUUUAUUGCUGAACUAUCCGCAAAUUAUGAGACUCAUGGAUUGAGUAACUUGUCUAAUGACGAUACAAUGCCCAUUUCGAUGGAUAAAAAUCACAUCACCUGUUCAAGGAUCUCUGUUUUAAGACAUGCCGCUCUAACUCGACACAUUGGACAAAAUCGUAUUAUGGAUCGAUUUCAUCCUGCAUUUGGUGUCGAUUUCUCAGUUCAACCAAUCAACUUGAUUAUCGAUGAAAGGCGAGUUGAUAACUUUAGUCCAGAUGAUGUUCAAAUGAUGAACGAUUUGGAUGACACGGCCCAGGAAGAAGCGCAAGAUCUAAGUAUUCAUAGUCGCCAUAAUUGCAGAUCUCCUGAUGUCUCUCAAACAAGCAUGGAGUAUUCUGAUUUUAAAGAUGAAUCAGACCGAUCACAAUGUUCACCAGCUUUGGACACAAAUGAAAACAUCUUCAAGAUUGAAAGAAACGAGGAUGUUUCGUUUUCUCGAGAAGAAUCUCGUGAAAAUUUUUCUACACCUGAUAAUUCAACAUCAUCACCAUCCAGUGAUAAUCAUGUGUGUAUUGAUUGUGGUAAGCGAUACAGUACAUCAUCUAACUUGGCGCGUCAUCGUCAAACUCAUAGAAGCUUCACUGACAAAAAAGCUCGCCAAUGUCCUCACUGUAACAAAGUAUAUGUAUCAAUGCCAGCUUAUAGUAUGCAUCUUCGGACUCAUAAACAAGGCUGUCGAUGUACAUAUUGUGGAAAAUGUUUCAGUCGUCCAUGGCUUUUACAGGGUCACAUCAGAACACACACCGGUGAAAGGCCAUUCAAAUGUCCAACAUGUUCAAAAGCCUUUGCGGACAAAUCAAAUCUCAGAGCUCAUAUUCAAACCCAUUCAACUGUUAAGCCAUAUGUGUGUCAACGUUGUGGUAAAGCAUUUACUCUGAAAAGCUAUCUUUAUAAACACGAGGAUUCUUCGUGCAUGAGAUUAAACCGUUCAACCAGUGGUUCAAUAACUUACGUUUCACAAGCCACAACAAUCAACUCUUCAAAAUCAUUUACCCUGAGUUCUGCCUGAAAAGAAACAACAUAUUUUUGUUUUUUUAUUUUUUUCAACACAAAGUGUCAACCAAAUCAUCCUGCCGUAUUAUUCUUGUAACCUGUUAAAUAUUUUAUUGAGUAUCUUUUUCUGGACAAUUCAAACAGAGGAAAGACGACAAGCUGUUAUCAACAGAAUCAUAUACUUCUAAAUCGUACUUCAAUCAAUGAUGAUCAAACUCAUUCACCAAAGUGCCUUGGACAUAAUCUCUAUCAGUGGAAAUCCUAGAGAUGCAAGUUUUCGACUGAUUAACUGUCGAAUGAGCUCGAAUCUUCUUCAGUCAUAUACAUAACAUGUAUAACAAAUAUUAUUAGUCACUAUUUUCCAAUAAUUUUAUCAUAGUAUUCAUAACCAAUUUUAUUUUUAUCAACUAUAUUCUAUCUAUUUUGCAUAAACCAAAAUCUUGCUUUGAUUAGCUUAAUUACUUUGUUUCCAAUUGAACCCAUAAAUCAAUUCUUACUUUUCUAAUUUCUAGUAUAAAAUAUUUUCUAGUCUAAAGUA